AUGGGUUCCCUCUGCUACUACAUUCUCUUUGCUCUCCUCUCUUACUCUGCUCACUCCCGCAACUUACCCACCACCACCUCCAAAACCACCGUGCUCGACGUCGCCGCUUCCAUUCAGGCCACCCUAAACGCCGUGUCGUCCUACUCUAACAGUGGAGCUACUCAGUCAUCACUGACCCACUCAGCUUCCUCUUCCCUCUCUCUUCCACUACAUUCCCGCAUUUCACUCCACCAGCAUUCCCACAAGGACUACAAGUCGCUCAUUUCAGCUCGACUCGGGCGCGACUCGGCCCGAGUCAGAUCUCUCACCACCCGGUUAGAUCUCGCGGUCAGUGGCAUUGCCACGUCGGAUCUCAAACCCGUGGACACCGAAAGCUUCGCUACCGACGAGUUCGAGGGCCCCGUUGUUUCGGGGACGAGCCAGGGCAGCGGUGAGUACUUCUCCCGAGUCGGAAUCGGCAGACCGCCGAGCCAGGUCUACGUGGUGCUCGACACGGGCAGUGACGUCAGCUGGGUCCAGUGCGCGCCGUGCGCCGACUGUUACCAGCAAGCCGACCCGAUUUUCGAGCCGACUUCCUCGGCUUCCUUCGCGCAGCUGUCGUGCGACGCCGCGCGGUGCAAGUCCCUCGACGUGUUCGAAUGCCGCAACAACACGUGUCUCUACGAGGUGGCCUACGGGGACGGGUCCUACACCGUCGGCGACUUCGUGACGGAGACGAUCAGCAUCGGCGGGGAAUCUUUGAGCGACGUCGCCAUUGGAUGCGGGCACAACAACGAAGGCCUCUUCGUCGGCGCGGCUGGCUUGCUCGGACUCGGCGGAGGGCCGUUGUCGUUUCCUUCGCAGCUAAACGCCACGUCGUUUUCGUACUGCCUCGUCGAUCGUGACUCCGACUCCACCUCGACUCUCGAGUUCAACACAGCACUGCCUCACAACGCCGUAACGGCUCCGUUACGGCGCAACAGCCAGCUCAACACUUUCUACUACGUCGGGCUGACCGGGAUCAGCGUCGGCGGGGAUAUGUUAAAGAUUCCGGCCAACGCGUUCGAGAUAGACGAAAGCGGGAACGGCGGGAUCAUCAUCGACUCCGGGACGGCGGUGACGAGGCUGCAGACGGAGACGUACGACGCGCUGCGGAGCGCGUUCGUGAACAUGACGAAGGGGCUGGAGUCGACGAGCGGGGUGGCGCUGUUCGACGCGUGCUACGACUUGUCGAAGAUUGAGAGCGUGGACGUGCCGGCAUUGUCGUUUCACUUCGAGGACGGGAAGGAGCUGCCGUUGCCGGCGAAGAACUACUUGAUUCCGGUGGACUCGCAGGGGACGUUCUGCUUCGCGUUCGCGCCGACGAGCGGGGCGCUGUCGAUAAUUGGGAACGUGCAGCAGCAAGGGACACGUGUCAGUUUCGACAUAGCUAAUUCGGUGGUUGGAUUCUCGGCCGACCAAUGCUAGGAAACCAUGGGUGUGACUUUUGGACAUUUACUUCUUCCUGGGUUUGGGUUCUGUUUUUUUAAAAGGGGAUUGCCUCCCUGUUUAGUUGUGUGUCCAUGUUGAUGUUACCAACCAAAUAUAUUUGGGUUUUAGUUUUUAGGUCACUCUCAUGCUGAACAAGAACACGGGUUGGAGAUGAGGGGUUUAAAAAUGGACCACUUGAAAGAUCUGCUACUUUUAUUAUCUUGUUGUGUUUUUCAUUAAUAAUUAUCAUUUAUACAGAGUAGUGGUAUUAGUAAAUUAGUACAAAAUAGCAAAUUGUCAUAAACUAUUCAAUUGAAUUAUUGC